GAACGCUGAACAAAACAGUUUUUCCUGGUGCUUCAUUCGCGGAUUACAGGAUAAUCAGAGAUACGACACAAAUACAGGUUUUGUGAAGUUUUCCAGUAGAAGUGGCGGCAUGGAUGAGGAAGAGAACACUGACCGGAAGUUACAGAUUGCCAUGCUCUAUCAGAAGCUGGAGAAGAUAAAGAGAUACUACAAUGAUGAUGACACAGACAACAUUAAUCAGAUCAUCAGUUCCAAUUCACCAGAUACAUGUCAUAUGUUUUUGACUAACCUGGAAAAGAAAGGCAAUCCCCAGUCAGAUCCUACUCUCCUCUCCAAAUUAAUGGAUUGCUACACCCGGGUUUUCUCAAGCAUGCCACUAGGAAAACACAGCCAGAAUUUAAGCUAUGCAAGGAUGCUGGUCAGAUUCGCAGAGCUUAAAGCAAUCCAAGAUGUCACUGAUGCCCGGGAUAGUUUUGACAUAGCAAGAUCCCACUGCAAGGAUUUUGCCUUUGUCCAUAUAGCGUGUGCUCAGUUUGAGCUUUUACAAGGCGAUGUAAAGAAAAGUGCCUCGAUUCUUCAGCAGGCGAUUGAAGUGGGCGCUAAGCCGUGGGACACGCUGGAAACUGCAGUGCAGAAUCUAAAACUGGGUAAAUGUCAACUCGUUUCCCAAGAGGAUAAAGAGAAUAUUGCAGUGACUGAAAAGCCACAAGAACCCAUAAAGAGCAACUUCCUGUCCAAAGGUGACUCCAGGAAUUCUGAUGGAUCAGGUGACUUUCAGCUGGCCAGUGGCUUUUCACUGGGAUCUGAUCUGAAAAACAGCUCACCAGAUGACCAUGUUCUGGUCCGGAGGUCCAGCUCACAACGCAAAAGAACAGUUGCGAUGCCUGGGAGGAUUCCCAUGGUACCCCUGUCUAUUCCUGAAAAUGAAAAUAUUGAUAGUGUUUACAAACCUGAGGCUCCCAGCUAUAGCAGUACUUUGUCGAGGCCAACAUAUCGUUCGGGUGCCUUCACGCUUUCCUCUUCAAAGAAGAGUUCUGGAGAUGGAGACUCUUAUAACUACAGCCUGUUAAAUCUGAAGCCACUUGUUAUUAGCCCAGAGCCACAUCCUGGGGAGGACAUUGUUGAUGUGGACUCCAUCACAGCACUUCUGCACAGACCAGAACGGAAAGAUACCAUUGACUUUACUAGCCAGAUAAUGGGAUUAAACUCUCCUGAGGCUUGCUAUACCUAUCUCACAGACCUGGAGAGGAUCAAUGACCCUCGUACAGAUGCUGCUUUUCUCUCCAAGCUGUUGAGUUACUACUCUAAAGUGUUCACCAGGUUUCCUCUGGAACAGUAUCAUAAACUUGAAAGCUAUGCACGGAUACUGGUCAGAUACGCGGAGUUAAAAGGAAUUGAGGAUCCUGAUGAAGCCGAAGAUAAUUUCAUAAUUGCCAGAGCAAACAGCAAAGUAUUUGCCUUUGUUCAUAUCGCCCAUGCUCAGUUUGAGCUCUCACAAGGUAAUAGUAAGAGAAGUGCUUCCAUUCUGCAAAAGGCCCUAACAGCAAAUGCAAAACCAACUGAACUUCUCCAGAUGGCAAUGAAGAAUUUAAAGUCUGGAAAAACCCAGCUUCUCCCCACUGAAAAUAAAGAGAAUGUGACCGAUGUAGCAGGUGCUUCCAGUGAUGGAAGAAGUAAAGAGGAGGAGAAUCCACUGAGGAGUUCCACAAAUAAAGCACAGCCUAAACCAUGCAUUAUGGACAGUUUGCCUGAAUGGAAGAUUUCUGCAAGUGUCAGACAAGCUUCUCCAGAGGAACAUAAGCGUGCUGUAGAUCCCCUUCCCACUCCACGUCCUCUUCAGUCACUAAGAACUCCCUCAGCUGUCUCUGUUCCAUCCAGGAUAAACCCAGUCAUUAGCUUUCAGACACCCAACUACAAAGACUCUCAGGCAAACAGUUUUGUUACACCUGUAGUGAAACAGAGACCAGCUGUUGUAUCUCUUCCAUCUCAGAGGGUCAGCCACGCUCAGUUACCCUGCACCCCACAGAGUCAGGCAUCAUUUCUCCAGCAGACACCACAGAGUUCUGUCAGUACCAUCUCUAAUGAAUCUAUCACCAUCAAAGGCAGACAGUUCUUCAUUUUGAAGAUGAUAGGCCGAGGUGGUUCCAGUAAGGUAUACCAGGUUCUGGACCAGAAGAAACAACUAUACGCUGUAAAAUAUGUGAAUCUGGAGGAAGCAGAUGCCCAGACAGUUGAAAGUUACAAAAACGAGAUUGAGCACCUGAACCACCUCCAGCAGUACAGUGACCAGAUUAUCAAACUGUAUGAUUAUGAGAUCACAGACCGCUACAUCUAUAUGUUGAUGGAGUGUGGUAACCUGGACUUCAACACAUGGCUUCGCAACCGCAAGACUGUCAACUCACAAGAAAGGAAGUUCUUCUGGAGGAACAUGCUCGAGGCAGUGCAGACUAUCCACAAGCAUGGAAUUGUCCACAGUGACCUAAAGCCAGCUAAUUUUGUCAUUGUCAAUGCAUCACUGAAGCUCAUUGACUUUGGCAUAGCAAACCACAUUCAGCCAGACAUGACAAGUGUUAUGAAGGACUCGCAGGUGGGGACAUUAAACUACAUGCCACCAGAGGCAAUUAAAGACACCUCAUCAAAAGGUGGAAAACCAAGGUCAAAGAUUAGUCCAAAGGGAGACGUGUGGUCACUUGGAUGUAUACUGUAUUGUAUGACCUAUGGGAAAACUCCUUUCCAAAACAUCACCAACCAGAUCACUAAACUCCAUGCUAUUAUUGAUCCAUCCCAUGAGAUUGACUUUCCUGAUAUUCCUGAGAAGGAUCUGCUAGAUGUAUUGAAGCGGUGCCUGGUGCGGAAUCCCAAAGAGCGAAUCUCGAUUGCAGAACUGCUCGAUCAUCCAUACUUACAGCUGCAGCCUCAGCAACCGUCUGAACCAGUGGAACCAUGCAACAAUGACCUAAAGAGAAUUCUGAAUGAGUUGGCUGCUUUACAGUCUCCAAACAGCAUUGCAAGAGCUGCUAGUAACCUAGCAAAAAUGUGCAACAGUGGGAAGAAGCUGGAUGUUUCUGAGUGUGUCAGGAGCUCCAUUCAGUCCUGGAAGUGAACAUGCUGAUGUAGUGACUGCAUUAAUAGUUCAUAAUGAUAGUUUGACAACAUGGCAUGCAAUUAGUUGGAUAUAUUGAAAAUGACCAUUAUUUUUUACAUCAGAUUUAGGUUGUCUGUUGUUCUGAAGAAAAAGAACAAUGACUUGAGUUACUUGUAUUCUUUGUUUUUGAAAAACCUUGAACUUUUUUCAAGUUUCUAUCUUUGAAUUCUAUUAAAUUCAAGCCACUUUUUUUUUUAAAUUGGCACUGUGCCCUGAUUUCUGUCUGUAUGUUUAAAGUUCACACAAAUAAACGAGGGUUAUGUAUAUAACCGCGGUUCUAUGAGUUUCGGAUGACCGCCAGAGGCGGUGCUUUCAGCACAUGGAUAUCCAUCACAUGAACGUGCAGGUCGAGUAAUAGUAACAACAAAGUCACGUGUGACCUGGGUGACGUCACCCCGUGACCCCGGCACAAAAGACCGGUGAACCCAGGAAGUGACCUCUUGGCAAAUCUUCUCGUGUACACUCCGAGUGACUGCCAAGCUCUGGCGGUCAUCCGAAACUCAUAGAACUGCGGUUAUAUACAUAACCCUCGUUCUAUUUCGUUUCUCCUGACCGCCAGAGGCGGUGCUUUCAGCACAUGGAUGACUAAUACCAACCAGGUCAUGAGGAGUGCCUACCCAUACUCAGUGCUGCUGCGACGGGCCUGGAAUGACGGCCGUCGCCACAGGAUUAUGUGGGACGACAUUAAGACGGUAAAACCUGGUGAAGGUGCAGCUGGAAGCCCAGGAGGCUGCGCUGCAUAUGUCUGAAAGGGGCACGCCCUUCAGUGAUGCCCAUGAGGCCGCCAUGCCCCGUGCAGAGUGCGCCCUGACAGCCGGAGGAAUCGGGGAGCCACUGUGCCUGUAGGCAUGUAAUAUGGCCUCGACUAUCCACUUGGAUAGCCACUGCUUAGAGAGCGCCAGACCCCUCCUCGGCCCUGUGUGGCACAGAAACAGGGCGUCACUCCUACGGAAGCCCUCCGUACGGGACACGUACACCCUGAGGGCGCGAACUGGGCACAAAAGUUCCGACCUCUCACCAUGGCCCGUCUCGAACGCCACAACACUAAGGGGCUGGUUGACGAAGGUAGCAGAGAGGGUCUUCGGGAGGAAAGAGGGGUUAGGCCACAGAGUGACCCCACUGUUGCCGGAGUGCCACUGCAGGCACUCCCCACUGACUGACAGCGCGUGUAAUUCCCCGAUGCGCCUCGUCGAUGGUAAUGGCCAGAAGAAAAGCAGUCUUCAGGGAGAGCCAUGAAAUGUCUGCCGUGAGCAGGGGCUCAAACGGUGCGUCGCAGAGAGCCUGCAGCACCAAGUGAAGAUCCCAUGUGGGUACCCGGCUCUGUCGGGGGGGUCUCAACCGGAGAGCACCCUUCAAGAAACGUGCCACCAAGGGGUGGGACCCCACGGUCCUUCCCCCAACUCUGGCAUGCUGAGCAGAGAUGGCAGCUGCAUAGACCUUGAUGGUGGAAGGAGUAAGACCCUUAUCAAACAGAGACUGGAGGAACAGUAGAAUGGUCGGCAGGGGGCAGCAUGUAGGCUCCUCCCCCCGAGUCAAGCACCAGUUGGAGAAAAACCUCCAUCUGUUGGCGUAGAGGGCAUUGGUGGAGGGUGCCCGAGAGCUUGCAAUGGUGUUGACCACUGCCGGCUCACAAAGACCUAGCAGGGGGUCCGGCCCUUCAGCGGCCACACCCAGCGCUGCAGACGGGCUGGAUCCGGGUGCCAGAUCUGCCCUCCCAGCUGUGAUAGCAGGUCCGUCCUCACUGGCAGGCACCAGGGGUCGCCGUUCAGAAGUUGCAGCAACUUGGGAAACCACACUUGGCCCGGCCACCGAGGGGCGACAAGCAGCAGCCCGUGGUGGUCCAUCGCAACCCUGUGUAGGGUUGGCACGAUCAGCAGCAGAGGGGGGAAGGCAUACAGCAGUUGCCUCGGCCAAGCAUGCGCCAGCGCAUCCUGGCCCAGGGAGCUGGGGCCGUGGAGGCUGAACCACAGAGGGCAGUGUGUCGACUCCUGGCAGGCAAAGAGGUCCACCUCUGCCCUGCCAAAACGUUCCCAGAUGGCGAGAACCACCGCUGGGUUGAGUCUCCAUUCCCCGGGAUCGGGGUCCUGGCGGGACAGCAGAUCUGCUGCCCUGUUGGCAGUGCCUGGCAAGUACAUGGCACGCAGGCUCAAGAGAUGUCGAUGGGCCCACCGCAGAAGUUGGCCGGCCACUUCCAAGCACUGGAGGGACUUGGUGCCUCCCUGGUGGUUGAUGUAGUACACUACCGUAGCGUUGUCCGUCCGCACCAGAACGUGUCUGCCGGCCAGGCCUGGGAGGAAGUGCUGUAGGCCGAGGAACACAGCCCGUAGCUCCAGCACGUUGAUGUGCUGCUGUCGCUGCCCUGGACUCCAGCAGCCUCUGACGGUCCGGCAUUGCCAGACUGCACCCCAACCUCCCAGGGAAGCAUCCGUGGUGAUGACCUCCCUCCGGGAGGGGAUAGCCGCCAGCGGAACACCCCGCAGAAGGUAAGCCCUCCUCCUCCAUGGACGGAAGAGCCUGAAAAAAGUAUCCGUCACCUUCACGAGCCUGCGCCCGUGCAGCGCCGGGUGGAGGUGGAGACCGUUGAGCCACCUCUGAAGCGGGCGUAAGUCCAGGAGUCCCAGCGGGACCAGAGAGGAGGCUGCCGUAAGCAUGCCCAGCAGGCGCUGAAAGGUCUUCAGGGCGAGUGACCUGCCCCGUCCGAAGCGGCCAAGCAGCAGGCGGAUGUUGUGGAUCCUGGUCUGGGAGGGGGUUGCCAUCAACGACCUCGAAUCCAGGUGCAUGCCCAAGAAAGUCGUCUCCUGGCUGGGCACCAGCGAGCUCUUCUUGUAAUUCACCCUGAGCCCCAGCUCUGUGACAUGUGAGAGCACAGUCGCGAUGUCGGUGUGGGCCUGAGCUGCUGACCGUGAACAGACGAGCCAGUCGUCCAGGUAAGGCAGGACACGCAAACCCCUUGCCUGAAGUGGUGCCAAUGCCGCUGCCACACACCUGGUGAACACACGGGGUGCCAGCGAUAUCCCAAAGGGCAGAACAUUGAACUCGAAAGCCUGGCCCUCGAAGACAAUCCGCAGGAACUGCCUGUGGUGUGGCGCAAUGGGAACAUGGAAAUAGGCGUCUUUCAGGUCGACGGUGGCAAACCAGUCGCCCGCCUGGAUGUGGUGUAAGACAUCCACUGUACGCAGCAUGCGGAAUCUCAUGGUCUUCAAGUGGGAGUUGAGGGACCUCAGGUCGAGGAUCGGGCGGAUACCGCCGUCCUUCUUCGGAACCAGAAAAUACCUGGAGUAGAACCCACCUUGCUGUCUCUGCCUGUCGACGGGAGAGAUUGCUCCUUUCUCCAGGAGGGUGGCGAUUUCCUGCCGGAGGACGAGGGACUUCCCCAGAUGGCUCACGGUGGUGUGUUUGACCCCAUGAAAACGCGGCGGUUGGCGGCAGAACUGGAUGCGGUAACCCUCGGUGAGGGUCACCAGCACCCAGGGGUCUGGGGUCAACGCUCUCCAGCUUUGGAGCUGUUCGCUGGAAAAGUGGCCGACCGCCGGCGCGCUGAUGUCAGCGCCGCCCAGACCGCCCCCAUCGGUCACCAUGGGGGCGACGAGGAGCGGACUGGGUGUAGGGGGCGGCGCCGCGGGUCCAGGAGGUGGUGGGGCGACGAAAGUCAUCAACCCGUCUGGUCUCCUGGCGGGUGCGUGGCCGAGACAGAGUCGGUGUGGGCCCCCUGAAGGACUGGGCAGCGUUGCCGUGGUGGUGGACCUGGCGGAGGCCAGCGAACUGCUGUUGCGCCUGGACGACCUGGGCACUCCGGUCCAGGGCUUGCUGAGCGGCCUCGCCAAACAGCUCCCCAGGGACAACAGGGAGAGAGCGCAGCACAUGCCGGUCGGGCUCGGCCAGAGGGGACUGCGCCAGCCAUAUCUGCCAGAGGGUGAGAUACGACAUCAGCCGGCCCAGUUCCCGCGACGAGUAGGUAAAGGCCUGGAGAGCCGCGUCGCACAGCUCCCGUGAUGCCGCGCUCGUCCCCUCCAGCGUCUGGGCGAGGGCCAGCAGCAGAUGGGACAUGGAAUUGUCAAUUCGACCCAUUCGUGCCGCCAUGUCAUAUCCCCGCACGAUGAGGUCGUCGGUCGCACGGCAUUGAGUGCGGGGGCAUCGGGCGUCAGGCCACAGAGCCUCGUUGGGCGAAAGGACGAGGGCAGCCACGGAGGGCUCAAUGUUGGGCAUCUGCUGGAGGCUGUAGGUAGGGGCGUCCUGCAUUGCUGCCAGGGCCCUGCAGUCACUAGGGAGGUGGGAAAGGCGUCUAGGGUCCGCCCAACACCUCUGUAACUCCUCGAUGUAUGGGGCCGAGGGCGGAACAGACAACGAGGAAGGCUGUGUGGAGCCUCUGAAGAAAGCGCUCUGAUGCUGGGCCACCGGGGGCAUGUCCAACCCCAGACGGGCCAAUGGAGCCCUCAGCGUUGGCUGGAUGGAUGAGCGUCCGCCUUCCGACGCUGCCACGGUGCCAUGGCUGGUGGCCUGGGAACUGGCCGGAGAGGUGGAGUCGUGACCGUCAGACCCACCGCAGUCAAAGCUCUCAGACACCCGGAUCGACAGCUCAUCCAGGCCGCGUGCAUCAACGGCUGGUGACAGAAGCGGUGGUGAUGGCGAACGGUCGGGCUGCCAGGCAGAUGGGGUGGCUGCGGGAACACUGCUGCCUUGUGGCGGAGGCUGGAGAUUCGCCAGCAGGGCCUUCAUCUCCUCCAGCUCGGCGGACAUCACCUCCACCUUCCGAGCCAAAUCGCCUGAGCGCUUCUUUUUCGCCUUGGAAGCGGAGACGUGUGGGGGAGCCCCACGGCGCUUGCUGGGCCCCGCUGCUGCAGCCGGCACCAUGUCCUGUCCCCCCGAGGCCUGGGGGAUGUCAGACGGAGGAUCCAUCCGAGCCAGCCUGGCGGUCCGUGCAGCCACGCUCAGGCACAUGCAGUCUGCGCAGGCCAUGUCCGUCAGCCCCUGCCGCAGGUGAUCAAUACCCAGGCACGAGGGGCACUCGCGGUGGCCGUCCUCCGGCUCAAGGGGGGCCCGGCAGUUGGCGCAGCAAGAGAAUAGGUCCAUGACACCUGGCUGGCAGAAGGGAACUUAAAAAAUAGAGCGAGAACACCCCAAAUAAGUAUCCCAAAAUAAACAAUCAGGCGGCAACGAAAAACGACCGGGCGAACACACCCGUGGUCGGGAAAAAAAAAAUGGUGCGAGGGCCUAAGCGGGAGCACCCGGACCUCGCGAACCGCGAGCCUACUGCCGCGGGUUUAAAAGACAGCCGCAACUAAACAGUCACUCACUAGCGUGAGAAGACAUCAUACGCCGCUAAAACGCACAAGACAGCCGGCCCGUGAGCAGGCCGGAGGCAAGGUUACACAAAACAAGGCGGUCGAUAAUAUUAACAAAGAUAGGCGCCGUGCGCCACAGAACUGAUAACAAACAGCGGCGAGAAACACCGCUUUAAUUUAAAUGAAUGAAAACCGCUUACCUGAACGAAAACAAGCCGGCCUCCAGCGGCGAGGACACCGCCUCGGAGGGCUAGUCAGCUAACUCCACCGAGCGAGAGCACUCCGCUUAACGGAGUAACAAACAAUACGAAUACAACACACACAAGACAGCUGGCCCGUGAGCAGGCCGGAGGCAAGGCUAUACAAAACAAGGCGGUCAAUAAUAUUAACAAAGAUAGGCGCCGUGCGCCACAGAACUGAUAAACAGCGGCGAGAAACACUGCUUUAAUUUAAAUGAAUGAAAACCGCUUACCUGAACGAAAACAAGCCGGCCUCCAGCGGCGAGGACACCGCCUCGGAGGGCUAAUCAGCUAACUCCACCGAGCGAGAGCACUCAGCUUAACGGAGUAACAAAUCAAUACGAAUAUAACAACGAGAAAAAGAAUUGGUGGACUUAAUGCAGUUUCUUGGAGGAUGCGUAAGCACAGCCCCAACCCUACGGGUAACGAAACUAACACGGCGCUUUGUCCAAAUUCCAAUCCAACUCGCAACCUGCAAACCCGAGAAGAUGCAAGAGGUCGCUUCCUGGGUUCACCGGUCUUUUGUGCCGGGGUCACGGGGUGACGUCACCCAGGUCACACGUGACUUUGUUGUUACUAUUACUCGACCUGCACGUUCGUGUGAUGGAUGUCCAUGUGCUGAAAGCACCGCCUCUGGCGGUCAGGAGAAACGAAAUAGAACCUACCCUUAUGGUAUAGUAACCUGUACGGUAUAUUUCUGUGGUACUAUACAUGGAGGAUAUUGCAUGGUUGCGUGAAGAUAUGAAAUUUAUCUUUUGAGUUGUGAAUAGAUAGAUCAUGAGUGAGUCAAGUGAACGAGUAAUAUAUUUUUCAACACAAGAAGAUAAACUUCAUGCCAACAUGUAAUGUUCUUUAUAUUAUAUGGACACAUCCACAAAAAAAUGCACACGUUAAUCAAAAGAAUUUUGAUUUUGAACUGGUUUGCCAUUCGGACAAUGCAAAGACACUGGGAGUGAUGUCAUGGGAGUGAAAUAUCAGAAAAUAUCACUCAGAGCCACAAUGUAUUUCAUAUGUAAAAUGUGAGUUUUUCAACACGGGAAGAUAAACUUCAUAUCUUCAAGCCAAAUCUUAUUAUAUAGACACAUUCACAAACAAAAAGUACCCACAUUUAUCAAAACAAUUCAUUGAUUUUCCUCACAAGUGAAAUAGAGAUUUAUGUCUCGGUUUUGGUUCUCCAUGUCCCGGAUGUAGCUUGUAUGAAAAAUGAGUGGCAUGUUUCCCAGUAAAACUCAUGUCCCUAUAAUAUGUUUGAAGAGAUAAAAAAUAAUAAUAAUAAUUAAUUUUGGA